GAAAGCCUCCUCAUCACCUCCUCCUCCUCACUUUGCGAAGAUGACAUUCACACCGGACAGCGAACUGGAGCUCAUCUUUGAUGCUAAGCUCAUCCCACAGAGCGUAAAAGAGCAGCUGCCGGAGGACUUGCAUAUCCGACCUCUAGCCUCAGACGACUACACCCGCGGGCAUCUCACAGUUCUCUCCGUGCUAACAAAAGCUCCCGAUGUGGGUCUCACCUCCUGGCAAGAGCAAUUUCGUCUCCUCUCCUCCAUCCCCAAUACCUACUACCCGCUCGUCAUCGUGUCCCGCUCGACCGAUCAAAUCGUCGCAAUGGGCACGCUAGUCAUGGAGCUCAAGUUCCUCAGAGGCAAUGCAAAGGCGGGACAUGUAGAGGAUAUCGUUGUGAGCAGUCAAGCUCAGGGGAGGGGAUUGGGGAAGAAGGUCAUUCAGGCCUUGACGGGGAUUAGUGAGAGUCUAGGGGCUUACAAGGUCAUUCUGGAUUGUAGCGAAGAGAAUGCUCCAUUCUACGAGAAGUGUGGCUACAAACACGCAGGGGUGGAGAUGGCCAAGUACGCUUCGUAGCAAUGUAGCAAUAAGAGCAGGUCCAGGCAAUGCAUUGAUUGAGUCCUUUAAUGUCCCUCAUC